AUGAUAGAUGGGGCUACGUCUGACGAAGACAAAGUAGCCCCCGUUUAUAAGUUAGAAGAGAUCUGCGAGCUCUUGGGAUCGUCUCAUGAGAGAAAUGCAGAGGAACUCUGCCGCUGUGUGUCAGUUAUUUCAUUACAGAGGGAAACCGGAUCCUUUGAAGGGCGAUGCAAUGAAGCUAUUUCUUCUAUAUUUGCAGAGGACAAUAAUCCCAGUAAGCCUUCUCCUGCAGAUGACCUUAGCAAACGAAUUCAAGGAUUUGGGAACACAAACUUCGAAAUGCCAUCGGAUGAUAAGAAAUCAUUUCUAAGUGAGGUAGUUGGCAUCGGAAGUGCUUCUAUCAAUCAGGGAAUUAGUAGUUUCACUCAGGGUCAUUCACUUGGAAAGAAUGAUAAUGGAAACUAUAAAAGCCCAACGCUUCGGAGGUCAUUGACUAGAGAAACUGACCAUUCUGAUUGGUGUGAACCUGUUGAAUUGCACAAUGGAACUCAAAGGGUUUCUGGGAGUUCUGCUAGUAGACGUUGGGGCCAGGAUUCGGGAGUAUUAAAGACAGAAAUAACAAAUGGAGAAUCCAACUCGAAUAAAUCAAUUAAAACUCGUGAAGAGAGAUUGUUAGAAACAAUAGUGACAUCUGGUGGCGAAACAAUAGUGACAUCUGGUGGCGUUCGUCUGCAGCCUACACGAGAUGCAAUUCAGGCUUUCCUUGUGGAGUCUGCAAAGCUCGAUGCUUUGGCUUUAAGUCAUGCCCUUGAAUCUAAGCUUCUAUCUCCAACUUGGCAGGUAACUCACUGCACCUAUUUAAUGAAUUAUCAGUGCAAUGGUACUGUUUAUUUAUUUAUUUAUUUUUGGUUUGGGUGCGACCUGCUACCAAAAUCAGUUUCACCUUAACUACUUUGGUGUACAUGAAGGCACACCGUUCUCAUUACAUGACCAUGUUUGUAUUGGUGAUUAAUCUAUAUUGACUUCUUUCCA